CCGGGCCGGGCAACAUGGCGGCGCCCUUGUAAUAUUUUGGUGCCGAAAACCAGCCGGUUUCUGUCGCUAUUUAGGAUCUGGGCGGCUCGUGCAACUUUACAGCUCAUGCACGAGUAAAGACUUAGUGAUGCACCAUGGAAGCUGAAGAGUUGCCUCCUGACCAGGUGGAUGUUGAGCUGGAGGAGUUGGAGGAGUUUUUCUCGGAGAAGCACCCAGAGUUUGUGCUGUCAGGGCUGAACAGUCUGCGGGAGGGGGGCGUGCUGUGUGACUUCACGCUGGUUUCCGAGUCCAGCAGCUUCAGCCUGCACCGAGCCCUGCUGGCCUCCUGCAGUGACUACCUGAAGGCUCUGCUCACAAGCACAAUCACUGAUGGAAAACAGGACAAGGUUGAGCUGGAGGGAGUGACAGUGGAAGGUGUGCGCUGUCUCCUGGACAUGCUGUAUGCCUCUAAGACAGAGGUUAAUGAUGACAACGUGAAGCAGGUCCUCGGAGUCGCAAGCUGCCUCCAGAUCCCGCCCAUCGUCCAGGCCUGCUACGACUUCAUCGUGGAGGGAGGGUCAGAGAGUGCCAAGCUGGACCACGACUCAGGAGAGCACAGUAGGAAGAUCCUGAAGGGCCUGAGCGCGCUGCGGUGUAGUGGUCAGCUGUGUGAUAUCCUGCUGAUCUCCUGUAAGCAGAAGUUUGUGGCCCACCGCGCCGUGCUGGCCGCCUGCAGCGAUUACUUCAGGGCCAUGCUCACGGGCAGUCUCAAGGAGAGCAAGGAGAGGGAGAUCGUCUUACAUGGCAUGAAGGCAUCUGCCCUGGAGGCCUGUAUAGACUUCAUCUACAGUGGCCAGAUCGGACUCAGUCCCCAGAACAUCGGAGACAUCAUCAACGUGGCAGCUUACUUACAGAUCCCCACAGUUCUGGAGCUGUGCUGUACGUACUACAAGGACUCCAUCACGGUGGAGAACUGUUUGGACAUCACCCACGCCGCUCAGAGCUACGGCGUUACGGAACUGAAGGAAUUCGCAGACGACUUCAUCGUGAGAAACUUCCACACCUUCUCGGAGACGGAGAAGUUUGAGACUCUGACUCAGAAGGAGCUGAUUGGUUACCUGGAGAGGAACUCCAUACGAGCGACCGAGCUGGAGGUGUUCAGGUUUGCGCUGAAGUGGAUUGAGGCGGAUCGCGAGGCUCGGGUUCCGGACGCCUGCACGGUGAUGCAGUGUGUGCGCUUCCCUCUCAUGUCUGACAGGGACAUCAUGGACAAUGUGCAGGAGGUUGGUUUCAUGAUGAUGGAUCCAAAGUGUCACGCUCUGCUGGUGGAGUCCUUCACCUACAAGGCUUUCCCCUACAGGCAGAACUCCCUACAGUCUCCACAGACUCAGGUGCGAGCGACUGAUGACGCUGUGAUCGUGAUCGGCGGGGAAACGGACCAGGCCAUCAGCCGGGAGCUCAUGUUCUGUCAUGGCGGCCUGGUGUCGGCUUCCUCGCGCUGGCGGAACCUCCGCCCGAUGCCCAGCCCGCCCAGGAAGUACCACUGCGCCGCCAUCAUGGAUAACUACCUGUAUGUGGUCGGCGGGACGCUCCCCGGGACACACCUGGCGUCCGGGUUCCGGUACGAUCCGAGGUUUGACGCCUGGGUCCCCAUCGCACCCAUGCAGGAGGCCAGGUACUAUUUCCAGCUGGUGGCGCGCCGUGGUCGGCUGUACGCGAUCGCAGGGAAGCUCGGGGCAGAUAUUCUCUCUUCUGUCGAGGAGUACAGCCCGGAACUGAACACCUGGACGCAGGUGAAGCCUCUGGAGGUUGAGGUUUACGGCCACGCGGCGUGCGUGUGCGAGGACGAGGUCUACAUCUCCGGCGGGCGGGUCGAAGGUCAUUACCACGACUACAUGGUGCGGUACGACCCUGAGACGGGGUGCGAGCAGCUGAAGCCGAUGCACGACGCGCGCUCGGGACACAACAUGUGCUCCGUCCGCGGGGACGUCUACGUGAUCGGCGGUUGCGCCGUGGCCACCAUGGAGCGGUACAACCGCGUGACGGACUCGUGGCGGUUCCUCGCGCCGGUUCUCUCCCCGCAGACCGGCGCGGGAAUCGCCGUGUUCCGCGACCGGAUCUACAUCCUGGGCGGGAUCAACUGGAACACGUGGAAGUUCAGCAGUGAGAUCCAAGGUUACGAUAUGGAGGCGAACGCCUGGUCCGUGGUCGGACAUUUACCCGACAUUUACGACGGACUCUGCGCGGGUGUCUUGGUUCUAACGCAACAUUCACGAGACACUGGCACCCCACGAUGACCAAGAUGUGAGGAUGGAAAAUCUACAUGAUAUUGUCCAACGACUGUCUGAUAGAUGAACUUUCAAGCAGAGAAAGUCUCAAUUUUCCACCCCAGUAUCUGCUUGGAGAUUAGGGACAACUGUAGCUAUAGCAAAAGGGAUGGUUAUGCUAUAAAUAAUCUAAACUAGAUUUAUCAGGUGGUUAAGCAAUGGUGAGUAUCCUUCUUGCUUAAAGUUUGUAGUUGUAAGUUUUGUUUGGCGAAGGAUCUUGUAACAGGCUGUCUCUAUCUCUGUCAGAACUUGAAGCCAAAGCAUUUCUGAAGUCCAUCUUCCAGUAAUGUAGAUUUUAGGAUGUCUCUUUUUCCAAAAGUGUUUUUUGACGUAGGAAAAUGAAUCAUGUACCUGACUCUUGCACCAGACUAUAUUGAAAAGAUGACGCUAGAGAUAUGUAGAUACAAACUUUUCUGAAAUUUGUCUUUCAUUGCAGUACAACAGACGUAUUAGUAAAUCUGUAGCUUCUGAAGUUUAGUAUGUUUGUAACUGAAUAGGAAAGUACAGAAUCAUGACUGUUAUCUACAUGACUGUGAUAGCUAGACCUGGAGUUUGUUAAAGUUGUUGAUAUGGACCUAAAGACUAAACUGACUAAAAUGAAGAUAUAAAUAUAAUUACUAUCUAUUUACUCUCACUGACUGUUUCAUGGCAGAUCAAGUAGUAGUCUUUGAUGUUAACAUAAUUGUACUCUAUCUGAUAUUGUAGAGACGUUCACCCAUGAAAUGUAAAAAUUUGAAAUGUUUGCGUAUGUAUUACUGUGAUGUUGGAAGAGCCUAGAAGAGAACGUGACAAAUGUCACAUGUCAGGGUCAGAGGUGAAGGUGAGGAGCUACCCGGUAUGUGUCAGUUUAGUGUCCCGGCAUGUCAGCCAUGUGAGAACAGUGAUGUCAUCGUCACAUGAUGUUGACACAGCCUUCGCUACAUCAUGACGCCACAGUAGCUUGUUACACGUGUCAAAUGUGUAUCACUUGUUAUUUUCACAUCUCUCCAUCAUUGAUUCCCCAGUCAAGGUCAGACUGAUAGUUUAUGACUUCUCAUUUCUGCCAUUCAAGUUCAUUGGGCUCAAGGUCAUCAGUGACUGGUCAAUGUCAUGAAAUUGUUAACGCUAAAACUACCAAUAUGAUAUGAUUGUUUGUAAUUGACUUUUCUGCAAAUUAGAUUAUUAGAUUAU